AUGGGUAGCACAACCAAAAGGUGGAGGCAACUCAGCGGCGAGAAUGAUUGGGAGGGUCUACUGCACCCUCUAGACAUCGAUCUCCGCCGCUACAUAAUCCACUACGGUGAAAGGACCGGAGCAAGCAGAGACGCAGUCAUUACCGAGCGAAAAUCAAAGAACUACGGACAACCCCGAUACGCGAAGGGACAUUUCUUCUCUAAGGUGGGUUUGGAGAUCGGUAAUCCAUACAAAUAUGUGGUGAAAAGGUACCUGUAUGCAACACCAAAACUACGGUCGUCGCCGGGGAUGUCAAGUGUGAUGGGUUACGUUGCGGUGACAACCGAUGAAGGAAGCAAAGUGAUGGGGAGGAGAGACGUUCUCAUUUCGUUUAGAGGAGCUGUGCUGGGAUAUGAGAAGCUUGGUAAUACCAAAGCUCAAGCUGCAGUAAGAGUACUAUUGGGUGAAUACAAGGACGAGGAAAUCAGCAUUACUGUCACUGGCCAUAGCAUGGGUGCUGCAUUUGCAGCUCAAACUGCAGUAGACCUCGUUCGCAAUGGAUUGAAUAUCAUAAAACCUACAGGAAUACUACCAGUGAUGAAAGCAUGUCUGGUCACAGCCAUCUUGUUUGCCUGUCACCCUCCCCGCCUUUUAGGACCCGUAAAUGCAUUUUCGGGUCUCGAAAAUCUUCACAUCUUGCGCGUCCAAAACAAAUAUGAUAACCCUAAUGAGCACUCUGAUAUUGGAAUAGAGUUGAAAAUCGACACUUUGAAAUCACCCUACUUGAACAAUGCACUACAAAACGUGCACGACUUGCAGAAUUACUUGCAUGGAGUUGCAGGGAAGCAAGGGGAAGGCGAUUUUAGGCUCGAAGUUGAUCGUGAUCUUGCGCUGGUAAACAAAUAUGUGGAUGGUCUGAAGGACGAGUAUAAUGUAGUUGCGAGGUGGUGGACAGAAAAGAACAAGUCUAUGGUUCAAAUGGAUGAUGCCUCUUGGGUGUUAACAGAUCAUGAGAAUGAUGAUGAUGAUGAUGAAGGAAACAGAUCAAGCUUGCGAAGCCGAAUAUAA